AUGAGCGGUAGGCCAGCAACCGGACCGCAGCUGGCCACGUCGCCGGGAGCGAUGCCCACGGAUGUGGAGGUGGAGGUGGAGAUGGAGAUGGAGAUGGAGCAGCAGCCGCAGUCGCAGCCGCUGUUGACGGUCAGAAGCCAGGGGAUGCUCGAGAGCGCGACACGACGACCGCACCGACGGCAGCGAGUGGCCGAGGAGGCACGGCGGCGAGCCGUGCGAGCCUGCACGGGCUGUCGACGACUGAAGGAGAAGUGCAACGGGCGGCAGCCAUGCCAGCGAUGUGUGCGCACGGGACGGACGUGCGAGUUUGCGCCAGCAGGACAGGCCGGCCCGGCGGCGCAGAAGGCGCAGCAACAGCAGCAGCAGACCAGGGGACCGAUGGCUUCGGGUCGAGCUGGCGAUGGAAGCCGGGGGGCCAGCAGCAAUAGCACCGGCACUGGCACCGGCACCGGAACCAUUGCGGCCUCGCAGACGACCACUGCUGAUGAACCGAUGCGGUCCAGCGAGCGGGUGCAGUACCUGGAGAAGCUGGUGGCCCAUCUGCUGGGUGACGUGCCGACGGACCUCAACAACCUGCGGCGGAUUCACGACCGGAUCAGCAGCGCCCAGCGAGCCGGAAGCGGGCCGCGGGAUGCCGUCGGUGACCUGGACGAUGUCGCGCUCAAGGACGAGAACUUUACGGUCAAGACACUGACGCAGAGCACAGCGCACUAUUCGGGCGAGUUCUCACACUGGAACUUUUCCCAGCGGCUGCGCCAGCGGCUCGUGCAAUUUCUCGGCGGCGAGCCCGGUGGCCGUCGUGAGAUCCUCGAGUACUGGCGGGCGACACAGCUGCUGCCGUCACCGCGGAUGGCGGUGCUGCGCGGCGCUGUCGGGGGUUGUCUACCGCCGCGUCACGUGGCCCAUUUUUUGGCGCAGGUCUAUUUCCGAUUCGCCCAGACGAACAGCUUCUAUGUCGAGGAGCGCUGGCUGCGGGCACGGCUGGCACGGCUGUACGACGCGCCGGGCGCUGUGACGAGCGGUGACGCCGCCUGGGUGUGUGCGGUGCUGAUGGUGCUGGCCAUCGGGACGCAGUUUGCCCACAUGGCCGAGGGGCCAGGAGAUGGUGCUGGCGUGCCAUCCCAUUCCCAUUCCUAUUCCCAGGCACCCCCCGACGACGUCGGCCUAACGUUCUACCACACAGCGGCACGGCUGAUCCCUGAUAUCAUCACGAUCGCGUCGCUCGAGAGCGUGCAGGCCUGUCUGCUGCUGGCACACUACGCCCUCCCACUCGACACGCACGGACUCGCAUACACGUAUCUCGGGCUCAGCAUCAAGAUGGCCGUGCAGAACGGACUGCACCGGCGGUGUCCAACGCCGGCUGACGGCGGCGAGCUGGACGCCUGGACCGUCGAGACGCGCAACCGGCUCUGGUGGACGGCCUACUCGGUCGAGCGCCGCAUCGGCGUCCUGCAUGGCCGUCCAGCCUCCAUCGCGCCCACUGAGAUGGACGCCGACCUGCCACGCGAUCUGCCCGGUCUGUGCUCGUCGUCGCCGCGCUUCACCAACCUGUCGGCCCUGAUCGACAUGACCGUGCGGUUGAGCGACAUCGCCAACGCCAUCGGCCUCCUCCGUCGCUGCCCCAAACCGCUGCAGCCGACCUAUUUUGAGCGCAUCAUCGAGACCUGGCAGAAGAUGCAGGCUUGGUGGGCUCUCUUGCCUCCCGACGUCCGCUGUCCUGAUCCGGCUUCGCCCAUGUUCCGGCCCAAUGCCCACCUGAAGCUGUGCUUCCACCUCGACCAGAUGUUCAUCGGCCGUCCCUUUAUCUUUCGUGAUGGUGCCGCCGAUCGCUCCGGAAUUCUUGCCGCCUCGCCUGUCUCCACUGCCUCGCCUUCCCACGGCUCCUCGUCCCCGUCCUCCUCUUCAAACUCGUCUGCUCGCCCCAGCCGCCGUGCCCUCCUCGUCGACACCGCCGUUCAGGCCGCCUACGACGUCCUCGCCCUCUGCCAGCGCCUUCACGAGACCACCGGCCUCGCCGGCGCCAGCUACACCGAGUUCAGCUCCUGUCGUGCCGCCCUGCUUCUGCUGCUCGCCCAGAGCCUCAACGAGAGCCCCGAUGAGUAUGACCGCCGCUCCCGCGACGCCAUCGCUCGCGGCUGCCGUCUCAUGCGUGCCAUGGCUACCGGACGCGGCAGCAGCGUGUCUACCCGCUCUGAGACUUCCGUUGUCGAGGCCCUCGAACAUGCUGUCCGCCGUCUGCAUGCGGAGAGGACUCAGCGCGCUGCUGCUGCUGCUGCUGCUGCUUCUUCUUCGACCAACAUGGCCAGCGGUGACCCUGUCCACACAACAGCCACCGACGGCCCCCCUUUUCCUUCCGAAAGCACGCUUCCUCCCGAAGACGAACUCACCGGCAGCGUCGGCACUGGCAGAAACGGCUACGAGAUGUUCUGUGCUUGGUCAGCUCUCGUCAAAAAGCCCGGGGUCGUUGCCUCGGAUAGCAUCACCUCCAGCGCCGUUGUCGGUCCCAACGCUGCUGCUGCUGCUUCAGACUACCGUCACCAUUAUUAUGGCCACCAUGGCGAUCCCACUGUUGACCCUGUUCUCGCGUCCUUCCAGCCUGCCACUUUUGGCUGGCUGCCCGGUGUCGCGUCGUCGGCCAGCGUACCCCAACCCCCGCCCAUGCUGCCCGACACGUCCUUCCUCUCGCCCUGGGACGCUGGCGGCGCUGGCAGCGAUCUUGGCAUGUCUGACAUCAUGCAGGCCUUUCCGCAGGGCAUGCUGGACGUACUGGAUAGCGGCUGGCCGCGGUUGGAGUGA